AUGGAUAACAAAGUCUUAAUAUUAUUUUUAUUUGUAAUAGUUACUUGUGAUUCAGCUAGAAUUUUAGGGGUAUUUCCAACAGCUUCUAUUAGCCAUCAAGUAGUGUUCCGUCCUCUUAUGGCCGAGCUGGCUAAACGAGGGCAUGAAGUCGUAGUUAUAACACCGGAUCCAGCAUUUCCAAAAGGAAAAACUCCACCGAACCUAACAGAAAUUGACGUCCAUGAUAUAUCUUACAAUUUACACACUCCAUUUUUCAAACAAAAUGCAGCAAGAGUAACAGACUUUAAACAAAUUGGAAUGGGAGUUUACAGAAAAUUCGCAGAAUACUUUAUAGUGCAAAUGAAAUCUCCGCAAGUGCAAGAACUUUUUAAUAACAAAAAUAUUACAUUUGACUUAAUAUUUACUGAAAGCUGUUUCAGACCUGCAAUUGCUGUUUCACAUUUAUACAAAGCGCCAGUUAUUGAUUACAGCACUAUGGACGGACAACAUGGUUCCUAUGAAAUGAUUGGUGCCGUAACGCAUCCCCUUAUAUUUCCUAUAUCAGUAGCACAAAGAAUUCAGAAUAUGACUUUAUGGGAAAAAAUAGACGCAUUGUAUACACGUUUUUAUGUUGAUUAUCAUUAUAGUGUGCUAGAAGAGGAGGAAAACCAAAUGUUGAGGACAGUCUUUGGAGAAGAUAUGCCAGACUUAAGUGUUUUAAAGGCUAAUGUAAAAAUGUUGUUUUUAAACGUACACCCGCUUUGGGAUUUAAACCGUCCUGUGCCACCUAGUGUUUUAUAUUUAGGAGGAAGUGGAACGCAUCUACCUCCAGUAAAAGAAUUGCCCCAGGAUUUAAAAACAUAUCUUGAUUCAUCUAAGAAUGGCGUGAUCUACGUGAGCUUUGGUACAAAUAAUAGGCCAUCUUUAUUACCUCCAGAAAAGCUUAAGAUAUUUACAAAGGUGUUUUCUGAAUUACCGUACGAUAUUUUAUGGAAAUGGGAUGUAUUAGAUUACCCAGACUGUCCUAAAAAUGUCAAAAUUGGUUUAUGGUUCCCACAGUCUGACUUACUAAGGCAUCCAAAAGUUAAGUUAUUCAUCACACAAUCGGGCUUACAAUCAACUGACGAAGCCAUAACAGCUGGAAUGCCAGUAGUUGGUAUACCUAUGCUUUGGGACCAGUGGUACAAUGCUGAAAUGUGCCAAAUACAUAAAAUGGGAAUAAAAGUUCUUCUAGAGACUCUCACAGAACAUAGCCUAAAGAGUGCCAUUGAGACAAUUUUCAAUAACUAUCAAAGCUAUCGCGACAAUGCGGCAAAACUAAGGAACUUGAUGCGUGACCAGAAGGAGUCUCCGAUGGAGCGCGCCGUAUGGUGGACAGAGCACGUGCUGCGCACUGGCGGCGACCAUCUAAGGUCCCCGAUAGCUAACAUGAGCUGGACUGAGUAUUAUCAA